AGAACGUGACAAAUCAGUGUUUGUCAUGUGUUGUCGUUUCUGGUAGUCCCUGAAAUUUCUGUUAUGUUGGAUUCAUAUUGCUUAGAUUUUUUCUAUAUAUUUCUCGGAAUUUUCAUUUUAGUUUAUCUCGCAAUUUUUGAGUACUGCACUUAUGUUACCAAUAAACCAACAUAUUCUAGACAAGCUCAAACUAUGGGAUCCUAUGGAUAUGGAGAAUGCGAUGGACCUCAUUCAUGGAAAGAAAAAUUUCCAAAUGCGUGUGGAGAAAAUCAAAGUCCUGUAAAUUUACAGUCUUCGUGCGCCAUUGUAGUCCACGUGGAAACUCUACUCAAUCCUUUAGAAUUUUCUAGAGACUAUCGGUCACCUCCAUCUGAGCUCAUCCUUGUUAAUGAUGGUCAUACAAUUAAUUUGUACCCGGAAUAUAAAGGAUGUUCCAUACCGAAAAUUUGUGGUGGACCGUUAGAUGGAGUGUACGAGCUGCACUGCUUAAAUCUAAGAUGGGGUCCAAACGACGAAGAAGGUACUGAACACAUGAUAAAUAACAAGCGGUUUGCUUUGGAGUUGCAGGUAACCUUCUUGAGAGCAGGUCAUAGGAAUAAGUUCAUCGCAGCUGAUGCUGGUGAUGCUAUCAUGGUUGCUUAUAUUUAUCAGACGACUCCAAUAGCCAAUCCGUACUUGAAUAUAAUUUUAGAGCAACUUGGACCAGCAUCUGAAUCAUUCAAAAGAUAUGAGAUAGAGACAAUUCCUGUAUCACUUUUAGCACCAUGUUUUUCCAGAGGAUAUUUUAGUUAUGUUGGUUCUCUGACACAUCCACCCUGCAUUGAAGGAGUCAGAUGGAUAGUACACCCAGAGCCCCUAUCCAUAUCUUGCUGCCAAAUGAAAAAGUUAAGAAAAACUCAUAUGCUCUAUUGUGAUUUGAAGAAUAACACUAGGCCUGUUCAAGAAUUGAAUAGUAGAGAAGUGAUAUUUUACGACUGAAGUAUAAUGAUGAAGAUUACUUAUAAUGAAAAUUUAUGCAAUUUCUCCUAUGAGGAAAGUAGUGUGUUGAAUGAAUGAAUUGCUUUUUGAUUAUUGCUAAAUUGAGUCUUGUGAAUCCGUGCAAUAAACAGUAGCAUUCAGAAAAGUUU